GAGCAGACAAACUCAAACAGCCCAGCACAGCACAGCACACAAUAUACCGAAGACAGCCACAGCGCACAGACCCAAACCAAAGAGACCAACAAAACAAACACCAUACAAAUUAAAUUAAAUUAAAUUAUAUUUAGCUACAUUCCAUUUCUCAAGCAAGUUUUGCUGAUAAGAAUGGUGAUAUCCACAGUGUUGUUGGGACUCAACAAAGUGUUCUUUUGGGAAGCUUUGGUGCAGAGUUUAUGUGCAUCUCUACAAGCUGUUGUUGUUUUGACGAGGAGCCUGCUUUUUUUAUUGCCUUCCCUUCUCUCUUCUUUGUAAGGCCACUGCUGCUGCAACUCCCUUCCUUUUGUUUUUUUGAGUUUUAACCACAUGCCCGAAGCUGGAUUGGCUGUUGUGAAACCUGAGAUGAAGUCUUACAUUUGGCUCCAAACUGCUGAUGGUUCGGUCCAACAAGUAGAAGAAGAGGUUGCUAUGUUUUGCCCCAUGAUAUGCAGAGAAAUUAUUCAAGCUGGCAUGGGAUCAUCCAAGAACCAUGCCAUAUCACUUCCACAACGGGUGAAUCCUGCCAUUUUGGGCUUAAUUCUUGAUUACUGCCGGUUUCAUCAAGCAACAGGUCACUCUAACAAGGAGCGAAAAAGUUUUGAUGAAAAGUUCAUUCGGAUGGAUACAAAAAGAUUAUGUGAGUUGACAUCAGCUGCUGACAGCCUCCAGUUGAAACCUUUGGUUGAUCUUACAAGCCGUGCGCUUGCUCGAAUUAUUGAAGGGAAAACUCCUGAGGAGAUACGUGAAACAUUUCAUUUGCCUGAUGAUCUCACGGAGGAAGAAAAAUUGGAGCCACUUGGAAACAUAACUGAUGAUCCACGAAUCCGGCUUCUAAAUCGUUUAUAUGCAAGAAAGCGGAGAGAGUUAAGAGAGAGAGAGAAAUUGAAGAAUGUUGAUGUUGAGGACGAGCGUGCGGAUAACCGCUCAGUUGAGGAUCUCCUAUCAUUUAUAAAUGGUGAAGAUGGAGAUUCAAAGGGGGGUAGAAAUAGUAAGAAUAAAAAGAAAAACCGGAGAAGAAAAGAACAAGCAAAGUACUCCUCUUCAAACAAUCCAAAUGAAAACCAAAAGAAGGAGUCGGACACGCUCCCUUCUGUUUCCCCUAAUGAUGAGGUUAACGAUAUUUUGGCUGCCUCUCCCAUUAAAACUUCAAAUUUUCAAGAUUGUUCUGCUGUCACCUUUUCACCUAAGCUUGAUUUUGAUGACGCUGAUAUUGAUGAUGAUUUAGAUCCUGCAAUGAAGGAGGAACUUGACAGGGAAGUUGAGGACUUUGCUCGCAGAUUAAAUUCUGAUUGGCCAGAAAGGAUGCAGGAAAUAUUGUCUUUGGACCCAAAAAAAAGGCCUGUACCAUUAUCUAUGAACGGCCAUGGAACAUCAUGUGGAUAUUCAGAAUGCUUCCUAUCGGCUUCUUCAUGAAGAUCUCUAACCUAUAGAUAAAGAUUUGGGGAUAUAUAGUUGCUUAUCUUGCAAAUCCUUUGGGGACUCCGCAUGUUCCUAGAUGUUGCUUGGUGUCACGAGUGGAAGUGGAACUUUAAUAGGAGAAAACUGGUAAAGUAUUGAUUUUUCAGUAUGUGGUUUGUAAUUAUACAGUAAGACCUUCGUAAAAGCAUACGAAAUUUUUGUUCAGGGGUAUUUGGGGACUCGAUUUUAAAUAGUGAACAGAAGCUGCAUUCUCCUCCACGCAUAGAAUGUUUUGAUGUUUUUCCCUUGUUGUGCUCUGUCACCUCUGCAAUAAAGAGAUCAUCAUCAGCUUCUUCAUGAUA